UUUUGUCUCGAUUUUGUCUUUCGGAAGGUCGGAAACGAAAGUUAGUUCAUAGAUCAGUUUUCCCCAGGUGCUUUGCAAACUGCUAAUCGUGGUUUUCGGCUCGGAUCUGAUAUAGAGCCUGCACCGUCAGCACGAGUUCAGAUUGCUAUUUCAACCAAGAAACGCAAUGGCCCGCGACGUGGUGGAUGGCGAAGCUGCUUCUUUAAAUGUGAAGAAUGAUGAAGAUCAUGCCGCGCAACAACCCGGAGCUAGCUGCAGAGUUAGGUUUUCUUUCGAAACCUUCGGACGUCCUACUGGCGAGUUUACGAUUGAGUGUUUCCGGGAUUGGGCGCCGCACAGCUACGACCGAUUUUUGCAGUUGGCGAAAGAAGAUUUUUUCCAAGGCCAACACUUUGUGCGAGCCAUCGAAAACUUUGUGUUGGAUUUCGGCUACGGCCCGGCCUGCGGCACGCGCUGCAAAGAGGAUGAAACUGCGGCGCUGUAUGAGCAACUACCUUGGUUCUUCCCGAAUGAGUGCGAGAAGAAGGCGGGCGCGCAACAGCAGCCGAACCGGUUAGGAACGAUUUGCUUUGGGCAGGAAGAAAACGGGUCCACGAAGACGGAAGUUUUUAUCAAUCUCGCACACAACCAGGACAAGCUUGAUUGUCGGGGGUUUUGGCCGUUUGGGCGAGUUGUGUCGUAUCGACGGACUGGCGCCGAUUCUCAGGCUGUGUCGGAGUUGACGAAAAGGCAUGAAAUCGUGAAGGCGUGGCAAAGCGGUGACAUUAUGUUUGACCACGGCGACAUUUUUUUCGCUGGCGGGGCAUCGACAGAGAAAGCGAUGGUGAGGCAGCAGGUUUUGAUUGCAGGAGGUGCGGACUACAUAAAGAAGCAGCAUCCCUCGCUGUCGUUGAUUUCUGACGUGGCAGUGACAGAAGUUUCAUGAGCAACCUUCGAAUACGU